UAGGGAACAUCUGCACACGUGCCAGUGGGUAAUGAUCCUAGCAGAGAGAAAUCACUUGCUUCCAACGUCAGUGCUGCCUUUCUCAUAGUGUUCUCUGCAGCACAAGUAUCAGGCUGGAGAGAUGCUUUGUGUGAGAAGCAUCAGGUCCAGCAAAGCUCUCAGGGCACCUAUUUUGAGCUGCUUUUUCAUGUUAUUCCCUUGGUGGAGGAGCAGAGAGACUGCCCAGAGCUGCUCUGCUCAGGAGUGAGGGUAAGGGGUUGUGGGUGGCCUCUGCUGAUGUGGGAUGCAGAACAGUGGUAAGAAACACUGCUUUUCCCCCAGGAUAUGUGCAGGUGAUGCACAGAAAGGUCCAAUCAGUUCGGGCAGGAGGAAACGUUACAUUCGCAUGUCAGUCAGUCACCAAAGAAGAUGUGCUACAGGUGACCUGGCAGAAGGAGAUGGAUGGAGCUGAAGACAACAUAGCGACUUACAGCAUGAUGAAUGGCCAAAAGAUAGCGAAGGGCUACAUCGGCCACGUGAGCUUUGCACACAGAGAGUUACGAGCCUCGGCCAUCUCACUUCAUGGAGUUACCCUCCAGGAUGAAGGAUGCUACAAGUGCAUCUUCAACACGUUCCCUUCGGGGGCUCUCACCGGGAGGAUGUGUCUUAAGGUUUACGCCAUUUCAGACCCCAAAGUGGAGGCGAAGCUUAUACCCAGCCCAGACAAAGCUGAGGGCUCCGAGAAAGUGGUUGGGAUGAGCUGCUCAGCAACAGGAAAACCAGCUCCAAAAAUCACCUGGCACCUUCCCAGCAUCCUGCAGCAGAAACCGAAGGAAUACCACAUCCAGCUGGGCAACCAGACUGUGGCUGUCAUCAGCAAUUUCACCCACACCUACUCCAAAGUCCUCCAGGAAUACCCCAUCACCUGCGAGAUCCAGCAUCCCUCUCUAAACGUGACCCUGGUUCUGCCCAUGGACAGCCUGGUGCAGGGUCCGGAUAGCCGGGAUAGCAGCGUGGCACCUGCCAUUGUCAUUGCAGUGGGGGUCCUGGUCCCCCUGGCUUCCUUCCUCCUUCUUGACUGCCUCCUCCACUGCUGCCUCAGGCACCUACGUGGCCCAGAGAGAAACCCAGUAUGGCCAUGCUGGAUGGAAGGCCGGGUUCGCUCGCCUUCCUGCUCUCCGGACGUAUUUCCAUGGUUUGAGAUGAAGCAGAUUUUACCUUCCAAAAUGAUUUUCCAAGCUCUGGGUUUGUGUCUGGCUUGUGCUGGGCUUGGGAAGGCAAAUGUGGUUCCACAGGCUGAACACAAAAACGCAAAGGUGGGAGACAACGUGACGCUCAGCUGUACCCUGACUGACCCCAUGGAUGUUGUGCAAGUGACGUGGCAAAAGGACUCUGAAAAGUCACACAAUAAUAUAGCUACAUACAGUACAGUAAAAGGAUUAAAGAUUCAUGAGCCCUAUCAAGACCGACUGAAUUUCACCAGUCUGGUACUCAAUGAGACAAGCAUCACUUUUCUGAGGACUAGAGUGAAUGAUUCGGGGUGUUACACGUGUCUCUUCAAUACUUUCCCUUAUGGCUCCCUCUCAGGACGGACCUGCCUGAGUGUCUUUGGUCUCGAUGCAUCUGUCCAUUACAACAUUUCUGAAGGUCACUUGAUAGCCAUCUGUAAUGCUGUUGGCCUCCCAGAACCCACCAUCACCUGGAACAAGUUGUUCAAUUCUACUCCUACGCAGGAGAAGUUCAGCCACACCAAUGGCAUGGUGUCCAUCAGCAGUAAACUGGAGAUCUACAACAUUAAGAGCACUGGAGAGCAGGAGUUGACCUGCAGAGUAAGCAACAUGAAUGAAAAGAGGGAAUUGCUUGUGAAGAUCCAAGAAGAAGCAGGUUCCUCGUGGCUUUGGCUGCCGAUUACUGGGGGGAUUUUAAUUGUCUUCAUAGUUCUGGUUCUGAUCAUGCUGUGUUGGAGGAGGAGGAUGUGCAGGAGGGGUUGAAGCGGAUCCUAGAAGACUUCCAUUCACCUACCCCAUCAUUACAACCCAUGAGCUGAAGCCAAGCAUUACAAGCAGUGACUUGACGAGCUAGAAACAAACAGCAAUAAAACAGAAAAGUACCAUGUAUGCUGCCCUACCUAGAUACUGAGCUGGAUCACUCAGUUGAAGAGAACAGCACAAUGUUCAUUACCCUGUCUAGAUGCUUAAUUACAAAAGGUAGGGCCAGAGGGACCACUUAGACUGCUCCUCAGCUGCCAGGCAAAAUCUACUUUGCUUGUGCCAUGUGCUAGCAUGCUAAAUGUGUUUGCCUUCCUCCAAUGGAGUUUUGACAGUGUCCAUGGAUGGAGGCUCUGCAAACUCUCUUCCAGUGUCUAAUUGCUCUUGCAGUAGAGGGGUUUAGUUUAACCAACAUCACUGCAAGUUCACUUGCAGCAACUCUGCGUUCAUGACUCUCUUCCUGACCUGUUUUCCUUCUAUCCAGCUAAUCCAACUCCUUUUCCUCAGGGAAUGGAUAAAUGUGCCAACAACUCUUGCCAGCAACUCUUUCUAGAGAGACCUGUGGGACUCAAAACCACAGGAAUCCAGCCACACUAAAUGUGCUGAAGUUAAUGCUGAAGAGCAGUAGGGCUCCAAGCAGGUGACAUUAGAGGCAGUAGCAGCCACAGUUGGGGAAAAAAAGGGCUUAUAAGUAAUUUAUUUAUCUAGUUUUUCUUUCUGACCUUGAGGUUUUGUUGUUGGAGGUUUUUUUGGUUAUUUGGUUAUUUAUGUAUUUUUAACAUGUAAUUGAGUUGGAGAUGGAAGCAAAGACUAGUGGUAUUACCCCAUUUUUCCUUUGGCUUUGCCCCUUUGUCUCUUUCCCUUUCCUUCCUAUGUUACUGUAUUUCUCUCAUUUCUUUAUGGAACAACUGUUAAUACCCAGUCUGCUGCUUGCCUGGAUGUCAUAAUGCAUGGACUAGGUUUGCCAGUAUAUCUAACGGUUGCUUUAUGAACUGUUCCAAAUAGUCUUAGUCUUCAUCCUUUUAUAUGGUGUCUUUUUAAACACAGACAAAUUGCUCUGCUGGUCAAAAGCCAUUAUUCCAGACUUGGACCUUUUCUGGGGGUAUGUUACACCCUGAGCUAUUGCAUAUCACUGCUGUGAGUGUAAUGGUAGCAGUGGGAGUCUUACAGAAGUUGAAUUUACUGCUUUGCCCUGGUUUGGGCAGCAGAUAAAGACACUGCACCACUGUUAUGUACUGGCACCUAACUCUUGCUUGCUGUGUUGCAGCAUAUCACAUUUGUGAGGGGCAGAGCCUGGUUUUGGCUGCGAUAGAGUUAAUUUUCUCUAUAGGCUCUAGUAUGAGGCUACACCUCUGACUCUUCCCCAUCCCCUGAGCAGUGGCUGUGUGUGUGCCUAGUUCCUGGCUGGUGUUAAACCACAACAGCCUCCCAGUGCCCCCUUCACUAGCAAGCGUUGCUAAAAGCAUGCCUACCUCUGGGCAUACAACUGUGGCUGUUCCACUGGUACCAUAGACAGAUGGGAGGCCCGCAGGGGUCCUCUGGUGAUGCUGUUCUGCUGAUGAGUGCUAAUGUUUAAGGUGUUUCUCAGUUCUGUCUGUUUACCAUCGUGUUGGGAACACUCCAGUAUCCUCUUGUCAUUUGGGUUUGAUUAACGUCUGUUUGUGCAUCUGAACUAUUCCCUCUUACUAAGUGCACAGUGAUUUGGAUUGUGCUUUUUAUGUCCUAUGCUUACUGAAGGUACAAACUGUCAAUCUAAGCAAUCCAAAGAGUGCAUGACUUACGAGUGAGCUCUCAGAACCAAUGGUCUGUUGUUUCCCGAGGAGUAGCAUCCUUCAGAUCCCUUCAGAUGUGAAAGAUAACUUCAGACAAUCAUGAACUUGUAUUCUGUAUUUUUAGAGGCAUUCUGUGUAUAUCAUGUUAGUGUAUUCGUUGUUCUUUAAUGCAGGUUGUGUGCUUACUGAUGAACGGACUGAGCUGUUGUCUGUAUUUGCCUUUGCCGAAACAAAAACCAAAUAAACCAGCUUGGAACAUAA